CAUGCUUCUCUUGUCAAGAGAUUAUGCUACUAAGAGAAGAGCGUUUGGAAAGUUUUUGGUUGAGCACUCCUUACACAUGAGGACACUGGCUGAACUAGAGUUAGAGACUAGAGGGUGUAUGGUACUUGCUCUUGAGCUAACAGCACUUCUGGGUAGAGAGGAGUGUGGUCAAGCAACUAACGAAGAGAUACAUCUCCUGAGACUCUUCACUCCAGUGGCUAAACUUUACACUGCUAAGAAGGCAAUGAGUGUCAUGUCUGAAGGAUUGGAGAGCUUUGGUGGUCAAGGAUAUAUUGAAGACACUGGACUGCCUACAUUAUUCAGAGAUGCUCAGGUAAUAUCUAUUUAUAACAUAAUAUAA